AAAUCACUUGAUCACCAACCAGAAAAUCACGGAUAUUAAAAAAUCAGAUUACUCCGCCGAUCUAGGUUUCCAUCUCUCUUGAUUGCCACUUGUUUUCAAAAUCAAUCUAUAUUUAGAAGCUUGUAAUUCCUUUUUCAGUUCUCUUUAUAUCAUGUAUCUCAACUGAAAUCCUCAUUGCCUGAAAGAAGUUGAUUCCCUAAAGAAAUCGCCGAUAUCCGGAAAUAAUGGUUCUCGUUGUAACUUAGGACUCGUUGGAAAACGUAAGAUUUUGGGAAGAAAGGGAGUCCAAGAAGCUAAGAGAACCGAUAAUCCGAAAAUGUCGUUUCCGAUUUUUGAUGGAAAUGUAUACCUAUUAAAGGGGAUUCCUAAUUUUCUGGCAAAAGAGGACAAUUCACCAGCUCAUGUUGAGGUGAAUAACAAUAUCAUACCAUCAUCAGCCGUGCUAAAGCAAUUGGCCAUAGGUUUUCAGACCACAAAAGGUUUAAGGUCGAUGAAGGAUCUUUUGGCAUCAUCAAGAGAUUCAUCACCUGUAAAAGAGAGAUCUGGUUUAAGCUUAUCUGCUAUGAAAUCAUUUGUAGUGGGGGAGAGGGAAGAUGAUAAGUUUUCUUCUGAGUUUGGUCGUAAUGAAAAAGUAAUGUCUUUUAUCCAUUCACUUCUCAAUGCGGAAGGAAACUUUUCUCGAAAGAAGGUUGGAUCUUGUUUUAAGACGAAUAAAAUGAUUACUAAUUUUUCCAAAGAACUUCAUGGAGCACCUGCCGAGAGCUUCGUUACGGAGCUUGCUGCAGUUGUUGGAAGUUUGAAAACUUUGAGGAAAAUGGCAUUGUUUUGGUCGAGGGUAGUUUUAGAAUUGAGAAGGCUAUGGUGUGAAGGACAAUACAUACCAGGAAUCCCUCCGGAUGAUAUCCCAAACUUAAAUUCCUGUCUUUUGUACCAGGAUUCGCAGGUUAUCAAUUGUUGUAUUACGAGGAAACAAAGGCGAGUUAUUGCCACCCAAUCAUUAGAUGCCGUUCUAAAACAAGCCAAUCGUGAUCCUGAUUUGUAUGCUAAGAUUAGCUCUGGGGAACGUGUGCUCCGAUUAGGAGCUCACAAACGACUUGAGAACACCACACUUUUAAAAACUGGUGAACCCGUGUAUACACCUAUUAUGCAGGAAGGGCCGUUGCUUACUGAAGAAGUUAUUAGGGAAACGGAGGAGCUUGUGUUACGUACUGGGAGUGUUGGUGCGGGGUGUUCUCAGCUUCUCUCUGACAUGCAGGCUUUCAAGGCAGCAAAUCCAGGGUGCAUAUUAGAAGAUUUCGUUAGAUGGCACUCACCCCCUGACUGGACAGAAACAUCAACAGAUGAUGAGGGUAAAGAAUCCAUUAAUGGUGAUCUUUCUUCUUCUAAAGGACAGCUGAGUUCGCGUAUGCAAAAAGAAGGUAAUUUGUGGCGAGAACUAUGGGAAGCUGCAAAAUCGAUACCUGCUGUUAAACAAUCUCCAUUAUACGAUGAGGAUUUAUCAGUGGAAGGUAUUCUGCAUGGCUUUGAGAACAUCUCACCUUCUGGUUUCUUUGAGCAGUUGUUUCUUUCUCUUCUCAGUUCAGGAUGUACGAUUGCUGAGGCCAGAAUUUCAACUAACGAAGAUCUGUACAAGUUGUUUAAGGAGUGCAAAGAGUAUAUUAUUAUUACGUGUCAAGGCAAACGUUGGGUUGAAAAAGCAGAUGAUAUAUGCAAGGUUUAUGAGACAGUGGCGAUGAUGGCAUUGUGCCCCAAUGGCGUCAUAAGGAUCACAAAGCCGCAGCCUGAUGAGCCCACUGCAAGUGAUGAACCCAAGGGUAGUUUUGGGAAAGUUGGCGUCCUGUUUGGUGCCAUAGAUAAUAGUCCGUGGAAAACACCACCAAAGGGCCCAAAGAAGCAAGAAGAUGACACAGCAGCACAAGCUUCCUUAAUGUUUUCAAAGAAGCCACCAAAACCUACUGAGAAACAAGUCGGUUCUAUCGAAAACAUACCGUUACCUCAAUGAUGUUUCUUCAAGAUAAUCUAGAUAUUGAUAAAAACGAUAGCGAUAGAUAAUUAUAUGUUAUGUAUAGUAUUUCAAUUCCUUAUUAUUAGGCUAUUAUGUAUAUUGUAAGUAGUGAAUGAUAAUAAA